CCUCGUCCCCGCACAGCAUGUCUCAGUCCGGCGGCCUCCCCUUCGCGCAGGACCUGCCGCCGCAGGGCGGCUACCAGCCCAUCCGCUACAAGCGCAACCUGCCGGCGCGCGGGCCCGGCGGCAUCGCCAUCUUCGCCGGCGUCACCGCCAUCUGCGCCUACGGCUUCUGGCGCGUCGGGCAGGGCAACCUGGAGCAGCGUGAGCUCCGGCGCGAGAAGGCGUGGUCGCGCAUCCACCUCGUGCCGCUGCUGCUCGCCGAGGCCGACCGCGACGUGUACCGGCGCGAGAAGGCCAUGGUCGCACGCGAGAAGGAGAUCAUGAAGGAUGUGCCGGACUGGGAGGCGGGCAAGAGCGUGUACAACACGAAGCGCUACACGCCGAGCUCGUUCGUCGUCCUCUGAGCUGGCACGCGGACACCGCAGUGCGUUGCUCAAAUGGCAGAUCGUUUCGCUCGC